AUGAAGCGAUGCACAACAAACUCUAUGUGUGACAACGUAAAUGAUUGUGAGAAAGGUCUAGGAUAUUGCGACAACGACGGACAAUGCGGGUGUCUUGAGUUACAAUGUGACACAAACCAUGAGUGCUACAACAUGGGUUGUAUCAGAGGUCAAGGAUAUUGCGACAACGGAGUUUGCAAAUGUCGUAAUUACAAGUAG